GAAGGGCAAAGCACGUGUCUGAUUUGUUUUUGUUUACGAGUUUGUUUCACGGUUUCGGCAAAUCGCGGCAUAUGCGUUGAAAUUUUAGCGAUAUUCUUAGCAAGUUCAAUUGAUAAAAAAUAGUCCAAAAGGUGUUUUCAGCUUCGUAAUGUUUAGAAACAGUGUAAAAGUUCUUACCAGAGUUACAAAAUCAUUUAACAUCAGUAUACGGAACUACCCGGCUCCCCCGAAACGAUUUUAUCGUCAAACCGGCAUCAUCACCAGUAAUGGAAAGUUUGAAAUCACACUGGACCAAAGAAAACUGAAGACACCCAAAGGAGCCCCCUUCUUCGUGGAGAGUGAACCCCUUGCUAUUGCGAUUGCCACCGAAUGGGACGCCCAGAAGGAUGUUAUCGAUCGAUCCCGAAUGCACUUGACGGCCCUUAGCAGCACCGUUAUUGAUAAUCCGAAUAAUCUACAGAAAGCCGACAUCGUGAACUAUUUGGUGAAUUAUGCCAGCACCGAUGCGAUUCUGUUUCAAUCGAAUGAAGACAAACGUCUCAAAGAGCUGCAAGUUGUCGAAUGGAACCCGGUAAUUGAAUGGUUCAACAAGCGCUACGACGUCCAACUGGAGGCCACAGAUGCCCUUGAAGUUCCAAGCUUUGCGCCCGGUACGGCAAUGAACAUAAGUCGCUAUCUGUCGUCGUACAACGAAGCCGCCCUGCACGGAAUAAUGUACGCUGUGGACACUUUGAAAUCCGUCAUCUUGACGUGCGCUUGCGUCGAUCGGUUUAUUGCGGUGGAAAAAGCUGUCCUGUUGUCACGGUUAGAGGAGGAAUUCCAGCUGGGGCACUGGGGACGAGUGGAGUGGGCUCAUGACGUCAACAUGCUGGAUUUGCAGGCUCGACUCUCCGCUGCGAUACUUUUUGUGUACUUUAACUCUAGUAAUGUGUUUGUGAAGGAGAAAAUAUCCAUUUAAAGUAAAUAAAAACUCAUCUGGCUUAUUGCUAAAA